UGUCAUCUCUUCCAUAAAGACCGUUUUUACUGUUGACCAAACCAAAACUAGUGUUAGCACUCGUGAUGACGUGGCGGGAAACCGAUAAACCCACGUGCUGUCAGCGUGCCGUUACCCUUCUCCGUUCCCACCCGAGAUGACGACGACGACUCUCGCCGGAUUGAUACGUCGGCGUUUUGGCAGAUUGGUUCCGACUCAUCUGAAUUACGGAUGCGUCGGGCCGUGGCGACAAGGAACUCGAUUGCUGAGCGGCGAGGCUGAGUCGAAUCGGGAUGAGUUUCCGGUGGAGAACGCUUACGUUAUCUUGAAUGUCUCCGAAACAAGUUCAAUCGCAGAGAUCAAAGCUUCAUUUCGCAGACUCGCCAAGGAGACUCAUCCUGACCUUGUCGAUUCGAAGAAAGAUCCAUCUAAUUCGUUACGUUUCGUUCAGAUUCUCGCCGCUUAUGAGAUUCUUUCAGAUUCUGAAAAGAGAGCGCACUAUGAUAGAUACUUACUAUCUAGGAGAGUGGUGAUAACGAAAUAUUCUAGGCAAGGGUAUACGCUUCACAGGUAUAAAAAAAGAUUGACAUUGAGUCAAGAGAUGGAAGUGGUUGAGUGGCUAAAAUGGUAUAGAGAAGCAAUACAUGAUAUUGUAUUGGAGAAGAGAGUAGCUAAUGGUACUACUACAGGCUACUUGGAUGAACUGGAAGAAGAUUUUUAUUCAGCUAUCCGAGCAGCCUACUUUGGGCCUGAUGUUGAAUCUGUGGAGCUUCUUCCUGAUUGUUUUGAAGCUGAGGAAAGGUCUGUGUAUGACACACGAGAGGUUUUGCAUUUGGUGUCAGGACGUGAUCUUUUUGGCAUGGUUUGCUUGGUAGAUAACUUCCUUGAGCUUUCUUCUGCUUGCUCUAAGAAGUUGGCUUUGUCGUCAUUUAUGGAUUCGGAUUUGGGUCAAGAAGUUGAGAAAGGCAAUUAUGACAUGAAAUCUGAUGAAAGGAUUGGUCUUCAGAUAUCUCAUAUACAGUCCUCAAGAAAUAAAAACCAUGUUUCGGAUGCUUAUAAAGAUGUUCAGCUGCAUGUAUCUGGAAGAGUUGUUGCUACAGCCAUUAGGGUGCCCCCGAAAGGGCAGAAUAAAAUUGAGGGUGAUCACGAUCUCAUACACGUUUUCCUCAAUUCAGAUGAAAAAUCUAAUCAUGGCACUGAAUCUGAAUCAUCUCCGGGAAAUGAAAGUGGAGCCAAACUUCUUGUUGGAACUAUAAGUGGUCUUGGAACAAUCCCAGAUGAAGGCUCAUGUUAUGUCUACGAUGGCAAUGGUGCUAAGACUCAUGUGAUAAUGAAACAUAGGACAUUUCUGGUGAGACAUUUGCAUUGGUACAGAAUUGGGGAAAAGGUUUCCAUUUGCGAGUGUAGAUGCAGUAGAGCGAAAUUACCACCAAGCAAGUUUUGGUUGUUUGAGCCUCGUUGUGGUUUGCAUGAUGUCGGAGGAUGGUAUAUUGAAACUUAUGGGAAAGAUAAAAAGAGUCGAACGGUCCUGGCACAAAGAUUCUGGGAUGGACUGGAAGAGGGGAGUACACUGGAUGGGAGACUGCACCCUGGUAUAUACUUGCUUACACUAGCAUACCGAACUCUCGAUCUUGAAGAUGAGAAGAGAAGAAAACGGUCAGUGUUGGAGAUCAUCGAGGAACAGCUAUCUAAAACAUUGGAUUGGUGUAAAAAAUUGGUUAGAAGUAAGGGCCUUGGAGGUUAACCUUCUCACUUUCCGAGUGCAGAUCCAAAUAUGAUUGGAUUUACAAUUUCUGCGUGGAUACGAGCAGUUCCAGGCACGAGGUUGUGGUAAACAAAUGCUUCUUCAAAUGUCCAUAAACUUUCUUUACUUUGCUCUUCCAUGAUCCACAACCGCAGUAUCUGUAAAUUUCAAGUUUACACCAAAGAUGGAGUGUUAAAUGGUUUCCAGGGAUCUUGGA